ACAGCCGCUGAAGUCGCCCUACUCUCAACAAGCAUGUCAGCGGGCUCCGAGGGCGAGCUCGCGCUGCACGAGCGCAUGGCGGCCGCCUCCGGCGGCGCGGCGCUCACGGCGCUCGCGGUGACGCCUUUCGACGUCGUCAAGACGCGCAUGCAGCUCGCCGCCGAGGCGCCGCGCGGCGUGGGCGCGAUGGCGACGUGCCCGAGCUGCGGCGUCUUCGUGCUGAACAACGGGUUGAUGGAGCACGUGCUCGAGAAGAAGGAGUGCUCCAACGUCUUCCCGCGGGGGAGGGUCGAGGCGGCGCCGUCGACGCUCCGGUCCAUGACGCUCGUCGCGCGCGCCGAGGGCGUGCGGGGCCUCUAUGCGGGCCUGGGUCCUACAUUAAUCAUGGCCGUGCCGAACACGGCCCUGUAUUUCACGGCUUACGAUGAGUUGCGGAGAGUGGGGCCGGACCACUGGUCCGCUCCAAUAAUUUGCGGCGCGUCCGCUCGACUACUAGCGGCGACGGCCGUCGCGCCCUUUGAGCUCGCUAGGACGCAAUUACAAGCACUGAGCGGCGCGAAUCGGAGCGGCUACUUCUCGGUGUUGCGGGACAGCGUGCGGCAGCGAGGUCUGGGCACGCUCUGGCGGGGUCUCGCGCCGACGCUGUGGCGCGACGUGCCCUUCUCCGGGUUAUACUGGGCGGGCUUCGAGAGCUUUCGACGGGCGCUGACGCCGACUUGGUACCGGACCGCCGAGGACCCGUCGCUGUCCGCGCUGCGGUCGGCCGUCGCGGGCCUGGGCGCGGGCGCGCUCGCGGCGCUCCUCACGACGCCGGCCGACGUCGCGAAGACGCGGUUGCAAGUGGCGGCCUACGACGUGCCCGGCUCGAGCGUGCCCCGGGGCUCCACGGGGGCGCUCCUCGCGUCCAUCGCGCGGACCGAGGGGCCCGCUUCACUGUUCGCCGGUGCGGGACCGCGCUUGUUGAAGGUGGCGCCGGCCUGCGCCAUCAUGAUCGGCUCCUACGAGUACGCCAAGGCGCUGUUCCGGCCGCGGUGA